UCCGCGAAAACAUUCCCGCAAACAAAAAUGAAGAGAGCAGCCCGCCUCGUCCCCGCCGUCUCCCAGCCCCUCCGCCCGUCCCCCCGGUUAGCGUACAUCCUCAGGCCCACCCCCGGCCCCAGCUCGUCCCCCCUCGCCCUCCAUGCCGUCCGGUUCGCCUCCACCGCCGUUCCCCCCGCCGCCGCCCAGCCUCUAGAAUCUCCCCAAGACGUGCCCCCCAAUAUCAGCUUUGAAGGCCUGGCGGAUGAGGCCGACGGAGAGAUCGAGCGGGCACUGGCAGAGAGCGACGCAAACCUUGCCACGUGGUUCCCUACUCUGUCCGGUCGACAUGAACCGAUCCUUUUGCCGGUCUCGUCCCUUGCGUCCUCUACUCCUACUCUCCCGUCCGGCAGUAACGUUGUCAUUGCCCUUCCGCCCGACGUGUUUGCCCAACCUAUUCGACGCGAUAUUCUCCAUCGCUGCGUCGUCUGGUAUCUCUCUCAACUGCGAAGCGGCACAAAAUCUACCAAAUCCCGUUCGACCGUCGCCUACUCUGGCCGAAAACUGAUCCCUCAGAAAGGAACUGGUAAAGCCCGAGCUGGUGAUGCUUCUUCUGGCACCCGACGCGGUGGUGCACCCAUCCACCCCAUCUUCCCCAAAAACUGGGCCCAAGCUCUUCCCCGUAAAGUCCGAGAACUUGGUAUGCGUGUCGCGCUCUCCUCAAAGCUCAAGGCAGGACUGUUAAGGGUCGUUCCCAACUUGAAUGAGGCUGGGUGGAAGGGGACAAAUGAAGCGAAGAGAGCACUGGCGGACGCGCUCACGUUCCCCGAGGUCGAGGAUUCAGAGAUGCAAGCGACCAAAACUAAUACGGAGCCUGUCGCCCAAGAUGCCGUGCAAGCAGUCGAAAAGGUCAAUGAGCUUGAGGGAACCGUUCCUGAAGCCACUUCCUCAGCGAUUAAACCCGGAUUCAUUCCCCGAUUUGGGCCCGCCAAAGACCUCUCCGUCCUCUUCCUCUACUCUCCCUUCAAGCCUUCUGACGAAAUCGCCGACUUUGUUCGCGUCACGCGGAACAUUCCUGGGGUCGAGGUAUUGAGCACAGAAGAAGUACAAGUGUACGACAUCCUCAAGUACCGGUGGUUGGUUAUGGAAGGUGAAGCCGUGGACUGGUUCGGCGAUGACGUCUUUGGUGUGGAUGGAUUUGAAGGUUAUGAAGAUACCAUGGGUGCGGAAGCUGUUGACGUGGCUAGGGAAGAAGCUCUCAAGGCAUAAUCUUCAUGGGUCCUCCAUGCAUCAUUCAUUCACACUUUGCAACUGAAAAGCAUUAUUAUAAUUUGGUAUUCAUGACCCGGUAAAUGUUGCUAUCUGUGUUCUGUACUUUGCUCUUCCUCCACGUUAACCCCUUCGUACUCCCCAAACCCGUCAUCUCCCUCUUCAAACGGAUUUCCUGCUGCGCCUUCUUUAUCCUCUCCUUCGUGAACGUCCUGCUCUUCUUCUCCCAAUAAACCUCUUCUUUCGCCCGUACCUCCUUUCACUCCGCCAACACCUCUCCCCGUUCCUUCCUCUUCAGCAUCGUGUCCAUCAUCCCCUGAAUGGUCGCUCACACUGCCCACUUCCCAAAGCACAUCCCUUGGCCCAGAAACCCCUUCGUACUCCUCAUCAUCUUCCUCUUUGCGAUAAGCUGAUGGGCCCGCCUCGUCAUUUUCAGUUUCAGCAAUCGUUUCAGAUUUGGGUGCACGUGGCCGUAGGCGCAUACUACCUGUUGGUUGUGUUGAGACCGUAUACGGGUCGGAUGAAGUGUUGGCCGAUGAUUUAAGAGAAAGGAGAACAACUCCAGAGAUGAGAACGGCGAUAGAGAGGAAAACGACAAUCAGCACCCAGCCGAACCCGCAGCUCCUGUUUACCAAGGGAUGAAACCAACCCGAAGACAGUGUAACCGGCGUAGAAAAGAGGCACCACAACAACAGUAUCAGCGCAGACGAUUGCCCUAUUCAGACAAACGAUCUGCAACACAGCCGUUAAGAUGACAAGCAAAAGACUGAUCAAAGCCGAGGGAUGUACAAGCUGUUCGGCGUCAGCUUCACUUUUCUUCUGGAAACAGUAGCCAAAAAAACAAAAACAAAAGCCAUACCGGAUGUCCAGGUAGCCACAUGAUCUUGACUACCGCCUUUGUAAACACAAGACAUAGCCCUGCCAAACUUCCACCAGCCACCGCCCACCCAAUCCCUUGCAACCAAGUCACCUUGACAUCAUCUGUCCUUUGGAAAAUGACUUCCAAUUUCCCUACUGCAAAUCUCUCAAACUUUCCCCAAUUACCUGUCAGUUUCCUGUACGUCUUUACAAAGGGAUUAGGUGAUGAUGACCUGGAGACGGGGAGCUCGAGGGACGGUGACGCAAGGGGGGAGAAGGAUGCACGGGAUGAGAGCAGUGACUGGAGCAGUAGGGAUACAAUGUAGGCACUGGCGGUGAAAAG